AUGCUUGACGUUGCGAGCACAGCCUCUCCGGUAGGCUCGGCGACGUUUGCCAUCUUCGCCUUCAUUGCUAUCUCGCUCGUCGUCCUCGCCAUACUGCGCUACUAUCUUCCGCUUCGAACCACGCCCGCCUUUUACCUCGUUCCCAUCUUCUUCGCCCUAUGGCUUCCUGCCAUCGUCAUCGUCCUCGUCCCCAUUGAUCUCGCCUCGAGCGCUACUACCGACGAUGAGGCUACUCGAGGCAUAUGGUUGCCUGAAAGGGUUCUGCUCGUCUCGUGGAGGAUAACAUACUGGCUGACAUUUGUCUUGACUUGGGCCCUCCUUCCCAUCCUCGAGGAAUUUUCCGACGCUGGGUACCGCGAACCGAUGGACAAGCUCAGGUAUUCCCUCCGAGCUAAUGCGCAAUUUAUGGUCAUGAUGCUGGGUGCCGGCUUUGUCGGGCUCAUUUACGUCUUCAUCUCGUACGGUUUCUCCAUUGAAUCGCUCAAGGGUCUCGUCAUGGCCCUGUCCUACGUAUUCGGUUUAGUCCUGGCCAUCUACCUGAUGGGUCACGGGCUAGUGUCCUUACCAAGGCGUCUGAUGCGUAAUGCGAGCAUCACGGGCCGCCUACGUCGUCUGCAGUCUCGUGCGCCCAAACUGUACGAGCGCAUGCAGGAUUCGCUGGUGAGCCUCGAGGAGAUUGAGUACCAGGUAUCAGAGCUUGGGAGACGCAAGGUCGGUUCAGCCGUCGACUUCCGCGACUGGAUCGAGGAGCUGCAGGACUUGGCUAGUGUGACAGACCACCAGGCGCCGCCGGCUAGCAUCGACCCGAGCUCUGGCCGCAUCAUCCCGACGGUGAUUACAGAAAAGUUCCUAGCCGACCUGACGCGUAACUUGAUGCGCGCGCAGUACCAGAGGUCUCGGUACGCCGACGAAUGGAACCGGCUAGUACAGGAGGCGGGUGAGACGCAGACUAUCAUCGACUCGGCAACAUCCAAGAAGCUCGACUUUGGUGACGCCGACCCGCACGCCGGCGCUUGGGAGCGCACCAAGUUCAUCACGCCCUACACGCGCUACCUGUUGCACUACCACAUCCUGCCGUACAUGCAGCUCAUUCUGGGCGUGGUCCUGGCGGGUGCGUCGGCCUGUAUUGUGUGGUCCGAGUUCAUCAAGUUGGCCUUCCCCAAGCUGUCAGUCAUUAGACUGACCGUCAUUCACCACUGGGUCGGCGAGAAGGCGCAGGUUGGCUUUGCCGGGCAAGCCAUCUCGUCGCUGUGGAUUUGCUACAUGUGCACGGCGGCUCUGAUGUCCAUGACCGAAGUCAAGGUGUGGCGCGGCCGUGCCUUGGUCAAGCGCAACACAUCGUACGAGUCGGCCUUUUGGUACGCACUGCAGGUUGCCAAGCUCAGCAUCCCCAUCUCGUACAACUUUCUCACGCUUCUUGCCCCGAGCGUUUACAACAAGACGGUGUUCUACCGCUUCCUCGGCGAGUCUAUUGACUUGACCCCGCUGGGUCGGUGGUUCGACGACCUGUACCCCGCCUUUGUACUGAUCCCUGUACUGGCCGCACUGUUCGGCCUGUACGGGCGUGUCAGGAGGCUUUUCGCGGGCCUGGACGUGGCUGACGACGAGGAGGAAAACCUGACGGGCUACGGAACCGGCUCUUGGCGUGAAGGUCGUGACCUCAUCGAACGGGACCUGCGCGGCAACUCUCUUCUACGUCGCGAGGAGGCCUUCUCGCGGCUCGCGUCAAUCUCCUCGGGGAAUGGCACCCGCUCUGUGCCAACACUAUCGGUCCCCGGCGCGCGCAUCCCGGGAUCGUCCUCAGCCCGCUCGCCAGCUCGUUGGCCCGUCAAUUCGUCAGACAAUAACAGGCCGCGGCCCGGCCAGUCCUCCCGGGCGUCGCCACGCGUCGAUGACCCGGAAGAUGAUGGCUUCUUCUCCAUCCUCGGCCACCGCAUGAAGAACACCUUCGACACGUUCGAAACGCCGCGAUGGAUGCAAGAUUUCGGGCAGGCCAUCAACAAGCCCAAGUGGAUGAGUGGCGACGACGACGACGACGUUGGCUCUUCUCCUGCCCAGCGUUCCGGUCAGAGCGGCAACGACAGUAACAGCAACAGCAACAACAACUCUGACUUUCGACGGUGGUUCGGUGGGGAGAGUCCGAUCCGCUUGUAA